CAACCAAUAAAAAAUAUAUAAGCAGUAUCAGUUCGGACAGCGGUAUGUGCGGUUGAUUUGGAUCUAGCAAUGUCGAGAGGCUUUUCGAGCUUGGGCAUUCUGACCCUAUUGUUCGUUUGCCUGCUGGAGCCUAAAAUUGUAAAAUCGGAAAACAUAUUGGGAAUAUUCUCAUACACUUUUGGAUCAUCUUACCUUCUGAUCGAGCCCUAUUUAAACCUCCUUGUCCAGCGGGGCCACCAGUUGACAAUCAUUUCGGCCGUCACCCACUUGCCGCACAUUGAGGGUGCUCACCACAUUCGCGUGGCAAGACUCGAUCAGCAAAUGCAAGAUCUCCUUGACUACGAUUAUGAAUUCGAGGUAACCAAGUGGAUGGAGGCUCAGUUCGUCUCCGACUACUUUUUCAACUGUUCCAAGUUCGUACUCGAGGAUCCUGGCGUGCAGGAGUUAAUCCACAACAAGAGUGUUGAAUUCUCUAUGGUGAUUUUGGAGGCUGCCCACACCGACGCCCUUUAUGGAUUUGCUCAGCAUUUCAAUGCUCCGCUGGUAGGUAUUGCCGCCUUUGGCUCUGCUUGGAACAUUGACUUCUUGGCCGGCAACUCCGCCCCGAGUGUUUACGAGCCAAUGUCAGCCUUGGGUUACUCGCCGGGGCUUAGUUUACUGGAGAAGUGGUACAACCUUAUUUUUAUCACAGAAGAGCGCUUGGUAGAGCGUUUUAUUUACCUGCCUCGCCAAAUCGAUCUUUAUAAAAAGUACUUUUCUGACGGAGCAGCCAGUCUGCACGAUAUCCGCCGGAGAUUUUCCCUGAUCCUGAUCAACCAGCACUUUAGCCUGGGACGGGUACGUAGCAAUGUGCCCAAUUUGGUGGAAGUAGCUGGAAUGCACUUGGCAGGGCAGCCAGAUCCCUUAGGCGAUGAGCUCAGGGCCUUCAUCGAGGGUGCUGAGCAUGGAGUAAUAUAUUUUUCCAUGGGCCUUCAGGUGCUGGAGAAAUGGCUGCCGCCGGGACUGCCCGAGAUAAUGAUUAAUUCAUUCAAGAAGCUAAAGCAACGUGUGAUAUGGAAGUGGUCUGAUGGGUCAAUAGCAAACAAUACCAGCAAUGUGUAUGUCAGUGGACUAUUGCCGCAACGCGAAAUACUAAACCACCCGAAUGUGAAGCUCUUCAUCACCCACGGCGGUCUUUUGAGCAUCAUCGAGGCCGCUCAUUAUGCCGUCCCAAUACUCAGCCUGCCUCUCUUCUUUGAUCAGUUUCAAAACACCAAGCGAAUGGAGAAAAUGGGAGUGGCCCGUAGCCUGGAAAUUUUAAAUAUCUCCCAAGAAAUAGUUGUGCAGGCCAUAGAAGAUAUGUUGAACAACAGCUCUUACAAGCAGAGAGCCCUUGAUUUGUCCGAAAGAUUCCACGACCAACCCAUGUCCCCCAUCGAUACGGCCAUUUGGUGGACGGAGUACGUCCUUCGACACAAGGGAGCCGAUCACAUGCGAAUCGCCGAGCAGGAAAUGUCCCUUAUGCAAUACUACAAUGUGGACAUAAUCUCUGUGCUUUUCGGACGCAUCGGCUUCACUGUCCUCAUCGUGAUUUUCCUGGGAUGGAAACUGGUCACUUUGGCCACCAGGAACUUAGAGUACAGGUUUAAUUGGCUAAUGGUCAGGUAAUGCGCUCUCUACCAAACUCUACUCCAAAAAAAAGGCUAAAAAUGAACAAAAAUGUAAAUAUUAAUGUUAUUGUUAUGAUAUACUUUUGUUUUAGAAAGAUUAAUCAAAAUAAAAUAUUUCCUAUAAUUAAAUAAAACAUAA